AUGGCGGCGGCGGGAGGCGGCAGCGGCGAGGGGGGCGCGGGCCUGGGCGGCGCGGCGGGGUCGGGGUCGGGGUCGGGGCCGGGGCCCUCCGCCGGCGCCAGCGAGGACCCUGCCCGGGGCCCCGCGCCCAGCGCGCUGCACCCCGAGGAGGUCGCCGCGCGGCUGCAGCGGAUGCGCCGGGAGCUGAGCAACCGCAGGAAAAUCCUGGUGAAAAACCUGCCCCAGGACAGCAGCUGCCAGGAAGUUCAUGAUUUAUUACAAGACUAUGAGUUAAAGUAUUGUUAUGUGGACAGAAAUAAGAGAACAGCUUUUGUUACCUUACUGAAUGGGGAACAAGCCCAGAAUGCAAUUCAGAUGUUCCAUCAAUAUUCUUUUCGAGGAAAGGACUUAAUUGUUCAGCUCCAGCCAACAGAUGCUUUGCUGUGUAUUACCAACUUACCCACUUCUUUUACAUUAGAAGAGUUUGAAGAACUUGUUCGUGCUUAUGGAAAUAUCGAGAGAUGUUUUCUAGUCUACAGUGAGGUUACUGGCCAUUCCAAAGGCUAUGGAUUUGUGGAAUACAUGAAAAAGGACUUUGCUGCAAAGGCUAGAUUGGAGUUAUUGGGUAAACAAUUGGGAGCAUCAGCUCUGUUUGCACAAUGGAUGGAUGUUAAUCUAUUGGCUGCAGAGCUAAUUCAUUCUAAGUGCCUUUGUAUAGAUAAACUCCCUAGUGACUACAGGGAUUCAGAGGAGCUGUUGCAAUUUUUUUCCAGUAUACAUAAACCUGUGUUUUGCCAGCUUGCACAGGAUGAAGGUAGUUAUGUUGGCGGCUUUGCAGUGGUGGAAUAUAACACUGCAGAGCAUGCUGAAGAGGUUCAGCAAGCCGCUGAUGGUAUGACGAUCAAGGGAAGCAAAGUCCACGUUUCCUUCUGUGCCCCAGGAGCACCUGGGCGAAGUACAUUAGCAGCAUUGAUAGCAGCUCAACGUGUGAUGCACAGUAAUCAAAAAGGCUUACUUCCAGAGCCAAAUCCUGUACAAAUUAUGAAAAGUUUGAACAACCCUGCCCUGUUACAAGUCCUUCUACAACCCCAGCUUUGUGGACGAGCUGUUAAACCAGCAGUUCUUGGAACACCUCACAGCUUGCCACAUCUGAUGAAUCCAUCCAUCUCCCCUGCAUUUUUACAUCUGAAUAAAGCACAUCAGAGCACAGUUAUGGGUAAUACUUCUAAUUUAUUCCUUCAGAAUCUUUCUCAUGUACCAUUGGCACAGCAACAAUUAAUGAAGUUUGAGAAUAUUCCUAAUAAUAAACCGGGCUUACUUGGAGAUCCCCCAGCCAUGAUACUUCAAACCACAGUAGGGAUGGGGUCAGCACUUCCUUUGAAAACAGAGUUGGGUCAUCAUGGAGAAGCACAUAAAACAUCUAAUCUGAUUCCAACUCAAACAACUAUAACAGCUGGAAUGGGCAUGUUACCAUUCUUUCCAAAUCAGCACAUUGCUGGACAAGCUGGGCCAGGGCACGGGAAUACUCAGGAGAAACAGCCAGCCUCGGUGGGGAAGGCAGAAGGAAAUUUCUCAGGGUCACAAGCUUAUCUUCAGAGCUUUCCAAACCUUACUGCAGGAGGCUUGCUGACAGGACACCAUAAGCAACAGCAGAGUCAGCCAAGAGGUUCGGAGAUAAGUUCAGGGGCUGCUUCUAAGAAUCAGACUUCACUAUUGGGAGAACCACCAAAAGAAAUACGGCUCAGUAAAAAUCCAUACUUGAACUUGGCAAGUGUGUUGCCCAGUGUGUGCUUAUCAUCCCCUGCAAGUAAAACCACUCUACAGAAGACUGGAAUUGCAAGCAACAUUCUGGAUGCAAUCUCUCAGGGAAAUGAAUCACAACACACAUUGGAAAAGUGCAUUUCUUAUUCUCAACCUUUUGGUGAUUAUGCACAGGUGUCCUCUUUAAGAAAUGAAAAACGAAGUUCAUCAUCUCUCCUCUCUGCCCCAGAAGGCGGUUCCAUGGAAUUUGUUGGCCAGCAUCUUCAGGGCACAGGAGCAUAUUACAUGGAAACCUACUUAAAAAAGAAGCGUGUAUACUGAGUUAAGUUUUCUCCUUAGAGCCUCCUAAGGUUUUUUGCAGUAUCUCUGCUGUUCAUCGCUGCCUUAACUACAUUCAGACUAGCCAUAUCCUUUAAAUACGGGUUUCUAAUUUCCCAGAAGGAACUGUAUAGUGCAGCAAGCAGAAUUGCCAAAUAAAAAAUAAGUAGCAAUAAGACAAGACAAUUGAGGACAUUUUCCAUUAGAAUUAGAUGCAUCUUAAUGUGGUAUUAACUUACAGUCCAUUGAAGAAUUUAACAAUGUUCCGGUAUUCCUUGUCUAGGAAUCCCUUGUCUAGGACCGGGAAUAAUUUUGACACCAGAUAUAAAAGUGUGAAGCAAUAAAUGGGAAACAGUCUUGUUUCCUGAGCCUUAGAAGAAUGAGUUUCUUAUAUGCCAGUGUGCAUUUCAGUUGACUUUCCCUAGAAAUAACUCAUUUAUAGAUUUUUAGGACUUUUUCCUAGAACUAUAAGAUUGCAAGUACAAAAAUGCAGUGGUGGUAAUGCAAGCUAAUUAUCCCCACCCCACGCCAGCCCUGCAGUAUAAAACCCAGAGUGAUAGUGAUAUCCAAGUUAUACACAACUACGGAUGCUUUACUUUUAAUGUUAUGUACCAUUUAUACCUUUUGUGAAAAACAAGGUAUUUUUUAAAAAAGUAGCUUUGGUGAAGUUAUUUCAGGGGUUGGCAGCCUACACCCUGGGGUCAAGUUCAGUCAUCCCGGUUUUUAUAUCGUCUGCAAGCUGAGAGUGAUGUUUAUAUUUUUAAGUGAAGUAGAAAAGAUUUGAAUUCUUGAAGUUCAAAUUUCAGUGUCUAUAUAAAAUUUUAUUGGAACACAAAUCUGUUCAUUUACAUACUGUCUGUGGCUACUUUUGUGCUCUCGUGGCAGUGCUGAGUAGCUGUGACAGACAUCAUAUGGUCUGCAAAACCUAAAAUAUUGUCUGGACCUUUUGUGGGGAAAGUGUGCUAACCCUUGAUCUAAUAGCACGAAUUCCCUAAUCCUUUAACUUUUGCAACAGGCUUGUAAGCAGCAAGCAAUAUAGUUUCUGCAUCUGAUUUCAUGGCAUAAACUAGUAAUGAUCUAAUUGCUACAACAAGGUCUAUUUUGAUCCUCAAAUGCCCUGUU